AUAUGCAUACCAGCCCCGGAUAAUCUCCGCGAAGAUCGUUUCUCUAGCGAUGACAGAACUAACUAACUUCACAAGGAGAGAGCAGUGAAGCAAUUGCUGGCUACAUCAGCCUCGAAUAGCGACGAAGUAAGUACCUCCAAGCCUUCCGCAUUGCUCCUAGCUAGGGCUGAACGACUGCGUGAAUCUACAACUACUCGACGAGAAAGGUGGUCGGUCGUGUUCACAGCGAGAGGAGCACAACUCACAGAGCAACAUGAUGAGAGUGUAUCUAUUGGUGGUCUUGGUGGCAGGGGCACUGUCACAGGAAAUAACACUUGAUCACAAGAAACCGGCAGACACCGGUGAUGAGUAUCAGCGGACAUGCCGUCCAGGAUGCAAGGGGCAAGCUGGCGAUCAAGGUGAAACGGGAGAAGACGGUGCGCCGGGUGCUCCUGGCCCAAGAGGUCCAAAAGGAGAGGAGGGUCAUACAUUGAGGAGACCAGUGAAGAUACAAGUGAUCAAAGGUGAUGCUGGCUUUGAAGGCAUGCCGGGUCCACCAGGCGUGCCGGGCCAUCAUGGCCGUCAUGGAAUUCCGGGUGCACCAGGCUCUCAAGGUGCCAAAGGAAGAAAGGGCGUGAAAGGACACGAGGGUUAUCCCGGUCAGCAGGGUGAACCUGGUAUUCCUGGUCCACAGGGAGCAAAGGGAGAAGCAGGUUUGCUUGGACCAGUUGGUUUGAUGGGUCUCCGCGGCGACCGUGGUGACAAGGGCGAUCAAGGUGUCCCAGGAACUGAAGGAAUACCGGGACAACCGGGUGCAGCUGGACGUGAUGGCAUCGCCGGAGUCCCUGGCGCACCCGGUGAUCCAGGCCCAGAUGGUGCUAUAGGUGUUCCCGGACCACCGGGCGCUGCAGGACCGGAUGGACCUGAAGGUCCCAAGGGAAGCAGGGGCUUUCAAGGAUUCCAAGGAGUGCCGGGAGAAGCUGGCCCAACCGGUGAUUUCGGUCAGGACGGUACAGACGGCGCGAAUGGAGAGGAUGGCGAUGUGGGUGAUGAUGGAGACAUUGGUCCAGAAGUCCUUGUGCGUCUGCAAUCCGGGCAAUUGUGCAACGCAGAAACGGCUGGAGAGGUGGCGUACGACACUCUACUGGGAAAGCUGUAUUUCUGUGACGGUGACACAUGGGAGUGCGUACGUGAUGGUGGUUGUGCGGGUUGCGAGGAGUUUGUGAGCGAAUGGACCGGGUGGAGUGCUUGUUCAGUGACUUGCGGUGGCGGUACACAGAGCCGCACUAGGACAAUCCAGGUGCAGCCCGACUUCCAGCUGGCCAACUGCCCAUUGUCCGAGACCAGGGAGUGCAGCCCCAACACCUGCGAACUCUGCAUGGAGGCAGGAAAUUCAUUCGGUGUCGGUGAUAUAGUCAAUGUACUGCGAACAACAGACGUAGCUGCUGAUGUACUGCUGGUCGUGGACGAGUCCAAGAGCAUGGAUCCGGAACACGACUGGCUGCCAAGAAUGGUUGAUAGCCUGGAGGCGAAGCUGAUGCAGAGAGGAAUCGGCGGUGGUGCACUGCCCAACUUGUACAGUUUAACUGGAUUUGGUGCCGGUAGUGUCCUGCCAGACCAAUGUCCCACGCAGAAGAAAACUCGCAGCGGCCAGCGUCUGUUCCGUGCCGUGGAGUAUCGAGAUGUCAACCACCAGCUGUCCACGGCCGCGAAUGGUCAGCGUGAGGACGGCUGGCAUGCAGUCAAGUAUGCUGUGGAGACCACACCAUGGCGCCGGGUGGCGGGUGUAGCACACAACGUGAUCCUGGUGACGGAUGAAGAUCGGGAUGAUGACUGUGGUGGUAAAAACCUGACGGCACAGCACGUGACAGACCUGUUGCAGAGCAAUGGCUUCCUGCUCAACUCCGUGCUCGAUCAACACUACACCGCCGUGGGAAUAGCGGACAUUCCCACCGCUCUCGGUCUGUCCGGCUCGGCAAGAAACAACCGUGUGGCGUACAUCUCGGACGGUCGAGGCUCCUACUUCAACAUCACGGGUGUGACGGCAUCGAUUGAGGCUGAGAGGCCGCGCUACAACUACGACACUGAGAGGGACUACGUCGACUGGACACUGGGCCAGGGUGGCGCUGUCUGGGACUUGAAUUUCCUGCGUGAUCCCAACAGUCUGGUGCAGGAUUCCUUCACGGAGGCGUUUGUGGACAUCAAGACGAGAGAAAUCCUCUCGCAGACCCAGUCCUGCUACCAGUGUUUCUGUGUUCUUGCAGACGACGGUGCACCGCGCUCUGAGUGUGCGACAGUGGAACGCUCUGAAUGCAAUUGAAGCUACGCUAGGAUGUCUAGCCAUAGAUCACCCAACGCUCUAUGCAUCAUUGUCAGUUUCAAGUCUCCAAGUUACUACAUAACUUUCAGAUGUGCAAUCUUCUUUUCAACUGAUCUGUUCUCCUUCAACAAAAUACAAGAAUGACCAAUUUCAGUUUGGACAAUGCACAACAGUGAAAUCAUUGUCGUGUUCAAAUGCGAAAUCUCUAAUCACAGAAUUCUUAGAAUACCAUGUCUAUGCUUGUGUGGCAUGAUUGCAAUGUCUCUCUUCUCCUGAGUGCCAUUUAGCUGUUUCCAUUGCA